UGUCAUUCAUUCCCCAACCCGGCUGCCUCCCAAUCAUCAAGUCGUUGUCUCUAAUUGAAAACCCAAUUAUCAACAUGCCUUAAUCGUUGCUCCUUUAAUGCAUCGCAAAACUUGUAUAUAUACGUAGUCAUCUUUCGCAAGCCAGACAGCCAGCAGCAAGCUUAAUUAUUACUAAGCAUUAUCACAUCGUCACCUAUACGCAGAACAUUCCAUACCCAGAAAAAUUGCAGGAUGAUGCAAGAGUAUUCCAGUUCCCAUGGUUCAUCCGUCACAGACGAAGCGAGGGAUGUGAAACAUGGUUCCUGGCUCCAUUCUGUGAGGAAGCCAAUAUCGAAGCCGUGUAAGAAGGCUCCGGUGGCACCGAUGCCUCCGACUCCAAUCAAAGUGUACAAGGUCGAUCCUAUGAACUUCCGGGAUCUUGUUCAACAGCUUACCGGUGCACCCGAGUUCAAGCCUCACCAUCUUCAAAGCGUUGCACCGCCUACACCUAUGCCUGUUUCUUCCUUCGUUGAAUCUUCGAGCAGAGACAUUAAAACAGUGACCUCUUCAAAUUUCAAUUGGCCUCCCCAAGCGCCUGUGUCUAACCUCUACCUGCAGGACUUGGAAGCUGAAGCAAUGGGAAUAGGGUUGAAAUAUCAAGAUAUUUCGGGGACUCUUGUGGGCGAAACUAAAAUGGAAGCAUUCAAGUUCAAGAUACACUAUACGUACAGGCAAGUAUAAAUUAUUAAUACGGGUAGGGUAAAAAUAUCAAACGUAGAUACUUAAAUGUGAAACGAGUACACCACCACCCAGAAGAAUAACAAUAUGUGGCAGAGAAAAGACAACUAGUCGAUGGCUGAUCAGACGAUUGUUUCAAAGGAAAUCAACUGCGCAGCUGGGAUAUAUGCUGCAGUUGUGUGCUGAGGUUCCGAGAUAUAGCCAUUAAGCGUUGUUGGUACUGGAAGGUGCAAGUAAUACUAAUAGAUUAAAUUGGAAAUAAGAUGAAAUUAAAUAUGUA